GUGAGUAUGACCAGCCCGCCGCUCCGCAGGCCGCGCUCCGGCUGACGCAGCGGGUCGAGCCGCCGCUGCAGCCGGAAAAGGAGAGGGUCAUCCGGUGUGAACUCCCAGGGCCGCCGGAGCGUCCGCGCGCUGCGGCGUGGCGCUCGCGGACCCGUCGGUGAAACCCCGCUGGGGCGCGUUCACGACACGCGGCGUCUGUGCGCGCGCGUUGUGCCGGCGCUUUGCUGGAUCGGGACCAGGAAGGCGUCCCGGGCGGCCGGGCUUGUUGCAGAGGGGUUUUCCCUGACUCCGCCCACCCUGGCAGGGCGUUCACGUGUUGCAACAGAGCCCACGCUGUCCACGCGCACGCAGCUCUGGGUCGUGUUUUCGUGUCAGGACUGCGCUUCCCCUGCAGCCUCCGCUCACUUCUCCGACUCCCGCCGGUGCUCGGGGCUUCGCAGCGGCGCUGGUCCCCCCCCACCACCCCCCCACAAAGCCUCCCCAGGUGCGCGUCACCUGUUAGGACGCAGCGUUCCCGGUGAAGGCGCAGACGGACAGUGCGCAUGUGUGCCCCGCUCGGACUCAACUGGCUGCAGAUGCGCCCGGGCUGUGGCUCAGGAGUCGGCUCCCCGCGCGCUUAGGAACCAGAGAACCCAAGAUGCACCUGUGACUCCAGGCUGAACGAUGCCACGCACCAAGCAGAACCACCCCAAGAACCUGAAAGAUAAAAUAGAAGAGGCGCAGAAAGAGCUGAAAGACCCCAAAGGUUCAGAGAAAGGCGUAUCUGAGAGCACUCGAAGGGCCGCAGACAGCAUAAAAGGGCUGAAGAGAAAAAAGGUUGUUGGAGAAAAUCAACUGAAGAAAAAUCCCAAAUCUCCAGUCAAGAAGCCCCUAAAAUCGAAGAUAUGUGAAGCUGCACUCCGCGACUCGUCGCCUAAAGAAACGCCGUCCUCCUUCUCCAACAGUCCCUCCAGCAACCCUCCAGCAUCUCCAAACGGGAAACAAGACCCACAGAAUGUCCUACAAACUGCUGCAUCCCUCGAGGAGGGGUCACGUUUUUCUGAUGCUGAGAAGGUGAAGCAGGAGGGGUCGUCUUCUAGGCCACCGUCACGUGAGCCGUCGGACGGUAAGGAGAACUCUCAGGUCACCGCUGCAGAGCCUCUUGCCAAAGACGGCGAGGGCCCAGAGCGCAGCUUUGUUGGAGAGUCUUAUCGUAGCAGAGACCCUCUGGACGCCCUGCUGAAGGCCAUGGAGCCUGACUUCAGCACGCUGACUGAGAGGAGAAGCCCCUCGCAGGCCAUGGCCAUCAACAAACCACCUGCUGCUCAUCAUCCUCAGCUCAGAGGGGAAGUGAGACCCCUUCCAGCAGUCAACAUAGGUCUCCAGAGCCAGCCUCCCCACAUGCAGACCUAUUACAUUGACAAACAGGGGAAUGUUAUUGGCAUUGCAGCGGCUCUUCAGGGAAAUCUGCAGACAUCCCAGCAGGGCGCCGCUCCUCUCGCCGCACCGCAGUUUGUGCCGGUUGUUUCACAUUCAGAAAAGCCCAGCUUGCACAUGAACUUUAGCACCGGACCACCAGCUCCGAUGGGCACCAACGCUUUGCACCAAAGCCAGCCCCCAGUAGCACAAACAUGCCAGUCUGUUCCUGCCAACGCUCCCAGCACCGUUCAGGUUCCAGGGACGCCGGGCAGCAACCAGAUGCAAAUGACCACGGUCAUGAACUUCGGUGCUGAGCAGGUCUCCAAGGACCAAAAACUGAAAAAGCCCGGGAAGUAUGUGUGUGAAUACUGCAGCCGGGCCUGUGCAAAACCCAGCGUGCUGCUCAAACACAUCAGGUCUCACACAGGAGAACGGCCAUAUCCCUGCAUCACCUGCGGCUUCUCCUUCAAAACCAAGAGCAACCUAUACAAGCACAAGAAAUCCCACGCUCACGCUAUAAAGCUUGGGCUCAUGGCACGCUCCGAAUCGGGAGGCGGAUCGUUGUCUCAGGAAUCGGACAAAGCUGCCAGCACACACUCUGAGGCAGAGGAGAGUGGAGACAGCGACGAAGACGGUAGCACUGCAGACCUGGAUCCAGACUCCGCGCAGAGCUGCACGGCUGCUUCCUCUGAAAACAGCUUGCAGGGCACCGGCGUGACGCCCGCCGAGCCGAACUCAUUAGCAAAGUCCUCCCCAAGCCGGAGGGCCCACGAGCCUAAAGUGACGGCGGCACUUCCAAAAGUUGUUGUUUACCCGGUCAGCGCGUCGCCUCUGAGGGCAGACAGUCCGAGAGUCACCGGUGCCGCGCCUGAGCAAGCGGCCGUGCAACGGCAAAGAGAAUUUCAGGCCACAAAUUUGAGAUCAGGCCCCCUGUCGUCCCUGAAGGAGGUGGACGGUACAAAUCCUUCACUCGACACUGUAAGUGAAGAUGAAGACCAGCGGUGUAAGUCCCCGGUGUUGGGUGGGCACGCUCAGCUCCAACGCCAGCAAGCAACAGAUUUCUCCCAGCAGCAGCAGCCCAAGUGCCUGCUCAGCCCUCGCAGCUUAGGGAGCACAGAUUCUGGCUACUUCUCUCGCUCCGAAAGCGCUGACCAGGCCAUGAGCCCCACCAGUCCCUUUGUAAAGAUAACCCCCCCGGUGGACCCUGACCUCGCCAAGAACACGCUUCCCAGGGAAAUCUCUGCUUUGCCUGCCACCGUGAUGCAUGUUGCGGCCGAGCAAAAGACACGUCCUGCGGAGAGACAAAUGCGGCCACCGCUGGAAACCAGUGCGCGCUCCCUGGAAGAGCGCAUUUCAAAGCUCAUAUCUGACAACGAGGCAGUGGUGGACAACAAGCAGCUGGACAGCGUUAAGCCGCGGAGGACUUCUCUGUCCAGAAGAGGCAGCAUAGACUCCCCAAAGUCGUACAUCUUCAAAGACUCGUUUCAGUUUGAUUUAAAGCCAAUAGGAAGGCGGUCGAGCUCCAGCUCAGACAUCCCCAAGUCCCCGUUCACCCCAACGGACAAGUCCAAGCCGGUGUUCCUGCUCUCUGUUCCUUCCCCCUACCCCCCCAUGGAGUCCCUGCCAAUAACGCGGAGUAACUCCAUGCCCACCACACCCGGACAUUCGGCUCUACCAGUCAACGUGGCUCCCAUCCCCCACCCUCUGAGGGUCUGUCAAUCCUUUGACGAUAAAAUCGGCUCCCUAAACGAUGAGGUGUUCUCGUCAGCUCCACCAACUCCAAACCCUGCCAUGCAUUCUCGCACUCUGGUCAGACAGGUAGCGGUGGAGGAUUUUUCCACGAGCGAGGGCCACGGCCUCCCGUCCGUUCGCUCCAUGGACGAGGGCUACCACGGCCCGAACAUCUCUGCCGAGCUCAUCCAGAGGAGCAAGUCGUUUGAACACGGUCAGGACAGGAACAAGAAGCCGCAGCAAAACAAAGGCACGAUGUACGAGUGCGAAACCUGUCGGAAUCGUUACAGGAAGUUGGAGAACUUCGAAACUCAUAAGAAGUUCUACUGCUCCGAGCUUCGGGCCCCAAAGAACAAGCCAGUCGUUGCUAAAGAAAGUGAGCAAGAAGUUUUCCACGUUGGUGCACAACACCCGAUCAUCCCGAGGUCAACCGUCAGCUCAGGGAUGCUAGAUCAACAGACCUCAAUCAGGAAGAGGCGGAAAAUGAAGAGCGUUGGCGACGAGGACGACCAGUCUCCAACGGACACCAUCGCGCCUUGCUCCGUCAGCUUCGAGUCCCCCAUAGAUCCGACCAACAGGACGUUCCCUCGGCACGCUCUGAUGGUCGACAUCCAGCCCAAAAGCAACCAGCCAAAGCUACCUCAGAUCCAGCUUGUAGCACGAGGGAUGAAUACAGACUCUAGACUGUCGCCCAUCAGAGAAACCCAGAACGGCAGCUCAGUGAAGGCGGAGCUUCAAAGGCAGGGCAGCGGGACGUCGGUGAUUAAACACACCAACUCCCUGACCAGCCACAGCUCACUGGAGACAGAGUCUGUGGAGAGGGGCUCUCCAGCCAUAACCAUGGAGAAGGAUUCCCUGAACGAAGCCGACGCAGAUGUCCCGGCGGCGGGCUCUGCCGACACCUACCAGGAGAACGUAACCCAAUCCACCAGCGCCGAUUACGGAAACCAAAGAAACAAGCAGAGCAGUGACGGCAGGAGUAGCGUGAACUCCACGCCCGUCCAUCAGUCUCGUCUCGUUCGCCAAAGCAACAUCCAGGUCCCUGAGAUUCUGGUCACGGAGGAUUCGGACAGGGAGCACGAGACGCAGGCGGCCGAGCCAGCGGACAAGCCUCCCGAUCAGUUCAGCUGGCCUCAGAGAAGCGAGAGUUUGUCAAAGUUACCAGCCGAGAAGCUUCCCCCGAAGAAGAAACGGAUUCGGCUGGCUCAGAUGGAGCACUCCUCGGGCGAGUCCAGCUUCGAGUCCACGCUUUCACGCAGCCUCAGCAGAGACAGCAGCCUCUCCCGCUGCUCCAGCAUCUCUGCCUCCUUCGACAGAGACGAGCUCUCCCGAUCCGAGAGUCCCUCCAGAGCGGAGAGUUCUGGGAAAGUCCCAGAUACCCAGAGCCUGUCGGCAGCCUUCAACACGCUCGGUGUGCCCGGAAUGAUGAGGCGCGCCGCCUCCGAGCAGAUCACCUGCACCCAGCCCUCCGUGGAGAUUUCCUGUGAUUAUCGUAGCAAGUCCUUUGACUGCGGGAACGUGUCUCCCAGCAGAUCUCCGUCCCCUGUUGGUCAGCCAAAGACCGGACAGCUCUCCCAGGUACCGCUUAUCGAGAGGAGGCGCGGGCCACUGGUCCGACAGAUGUCUUUAAAGAUCGGCCCGGAGAGUCAGCUGCCGCCGCGGAAAGCCGUCUUUCCUUUAGACAAACCCCCACAAGCCACAAACGUCAGCUCCUUCCCACAGAGCAAACCCCAGCAGAUUCACAUAUCCAGCAGACGCUCCGGGGCGCAGCCCUUCAUCCUGCAUCCUGCAGAGGCACCGCUGCAAAACAACGAGCAAAUGGUGCAAAGCAUCAAUCUGGGAAGUCCGACCCAACAGGCACAGGUCCACGGCCUUCCACAUCCCUGGCAUCAAACAUCAAGGGUUAAAAUUACCCAGAAGACCCAGCAGCCGCUCAGCCAGAUCUCCGUGGGUCGGGAAAGUGUCCAAAACAAGCCAAAGGUCUUUGAAGAGGAGAAAUGUUUUGCUCCCAAGUACCAACUGCAGUGUUCUCUGAGAACAGGCCAGACGUUCUCCUUCUCCUGUUCGCAGGGAGCUCAGAUCGCUUUGCCCAUCCUCACUAUUCCAAUAGCCAACCCCACGCUCGGCCUUCCCAAAUCGGCAGAUGGCACCCAGAAUGUUUUCAUCGCCAGCAAGCAAGUUUCUGAGGCCAAGACCCAGACUGUAGUCCUGUCAACCGAGCGGCAGAACCAAACGGGACCUGGUCCGCUGCCACAGAUCCUGAUCACCCAUGAGCAGAUGCAUCCUUCUUCCUCCCUGUCCAACAAAAACAGCCCGUCAUCGUCUCACAGUGCCGACCCGCAGGUUCCUCCACAUCAGCCAGACCCGGUCCCUUCCCUCUGCAUGCAGAAGCUGGCCUCGGUAACGCUCUGCCCCCAGCAGGAACCCAUCGCCUCCAGCAAGCGCAUGUUGUCCCCCGCCAACAGUCUGGACAUCUACAUGGAGAAGCACCAGAAACGGGCCAAGGACGAGCACGGGGUGGCCUGCCUGACCGACGGAAGGUCGCUCAGCUACCUCAACUCAAAGAUGUCUGAGGUGACGCGGCAGCGGAAGCUGAUGCUGGUCCGGCAGGUUUGCACGACAGAACCGGCGGACAGCCCCAUUGAGACCGAAGCGCCGCCUCUGCCUGACGUUAAGGCGGACGCUGAGAGGGACUCGGAGGCCACAGACGACGUGAAGCCCAUGUCUCCUGACGGUUCUGGGCUGGACAAGGACAAGGGGAGAGUGAUUCAGGAAGAGGCUGUUCUCACGGCGACUCCGGCCCCUCCGGACACCUCCGCACCCAACGCCUCCUUAAAGCCGCAGGAGAAAAGCGACGGGCAGAGGUGGUCCCCGGCCAAAUCCCUGAUCCGACCCGCCAGCUUCCACUCCGGUCAGGGGAGACUGACCACAUCUGUGUCUGUGGUGAACACCAAGGACACCCACCGGCUGUCCUUUCCCAGCUUAAAGACCACCACCACCUUCACGUGGUGUUUCCUGAUGAAGAGGAAGCCUCUCCACGUCCAGCAGACGAGCCAGAAGACGUCAGCUUAUGCUUCCUGGACCGUAAGCCCCAGCAACCCCAACCCCCUGGGGCUGCCCACCAAGGUGGUGAUGUCUCUGUUUGACUCCAAGCAGAGCUCCAAGAAAAUCCACUUCACCUCUGCCAUAAAGACCAGCGACAAGUCGGACAUCUUGUCGUACUCGGGCAAACUGAAGGACAUCAUGCCCAGGGUUCUGGUGACCCAGAAGUCUGUGUCAGCAGAAACCAGAGGCAAAGCCCAGCCAGAACCUCAGAAGAGCAACGACUCAGAAAAGGAGGCGGCACCUUCAGCGGAGCCACGCCGCGUGAAAAUAUUCGACGGCGGAUUCAAAUCUAACGAGGAGUACGUGUACGUGCGCGGCCGCGGACGGGGAAAGUACAUCUGCGAGGAGUGCGGCAUCCGCUGCAAGAAGCCCAGCAUGCUGCGCAAACACAUCCGCACCCACUCAGACGUGCGGCCGUACCACUGCGUCCACUGCAACUUCUCCUUUAAGACGAAAGGGAACCUGACCAAGCACAUGAAGUCCAAGGCCCACAGCAAGAAGUGCAUGGAGAUGGGGGUGCCUGCGGGGGUGCUGGAGGACCAGGACGCCGAGGACUCUGGUGACCGCAGUCAUGUGAGCAGCACCGAUCGUCAGGAUUCAGACGACUCCGACGGCCCCGACGACGAGGAGAACGACGAGGAGGAGGAAGAGGAGGACAGUCAGGCGGAGUCGGGUCUGUCCACCAACCCCUCGGUGUCCGCCAGCCCGCAGCACCUCCCCAGAGAGGCGGACGUUCCGCCCAGCGCCCUCCUCGCUCAGAUGUCCAUCAGCUCCCUGUCCCUCCGCCUCGACCCUCCCGACUCCUCCGCCUCGGACGGCGCCCCCGCGGCGAGCCCCGCCUCCCUCCGCCAGCAGCCCUGCGGGCCUCGCUGCAGCCCGGCUCCCCUCCCGCCCGUCACCGCCGCCUCCGACUGCUACGCCUCCGACCCGGAGUCGGUGCACAUGAUGAGCCCCGUGUCCCCCUGCAGGCAGAUGUCCAUCGACUACCCAGACUUCGAUGCUCCCGUCAGUCCCUCUGCGCCGGGCAAGGCCUCCAAACAUGUCCAGGACUCUGCCGCGCCUCGCGCAGUGAGCGGUGAGUCCAGCACGCCGGUGGACCGCGGCACCCAGACCUCCUACACGCCCCACAUCCUCCAACAGCUCCCCCUGCAGGGCAUGCCCGCCGCCGCGGGGUCAGAGACGCACCUGUUCAGCCACCUGCCGCUGCAUUCCCAGCAGCCGGCCCGCUCCCCCUACAGCAUGGUGCCGGUCGGCGGGAUCCAGCUGGUGCCGGCCGGGAUGACGGCCUUCGUCCCGUUCCAGACCGGUCCCGUCCAGCUGACCUUCCCCGCCAUGGGCGUCAUCCACCGGACGGCGAGCCCGCUGCCGCCGUCCAGCUCCCCCCCUCACCCGGACGGCCUGCAGGCUCAGCCCCCGAUGGGCGGCGUGGUGCCGUGCUUCCCGCUGGGCCAGGUCACGGGUCUGCAGGCCCAGAACAUUCAGCCCGUGGGCCUGGAGACGCUCAACCUGAUGGGGCUGACCAACACGCAGCUGCUGCCCCCGCAGGGCCUGACGCUCAACGCCGCGCUGGGCCUGCAGGUCCUGGCUCCCAACCCGGCCUCCCAGAACGUCCCGCAGAACCAGAUGCCGGGUCUGCAGAUCGUGAACAUCGCGCUGCCGGCCAUCAUCCCCGCCCUCAGCCCCCUGUCCGCCCUCAGCCCCCUGCAGGGCGCGUCAGACUGGCAGGCCGGCGCCGAGGCCCAGGGAGCGCAGCCGCCCCGGACCGAGCACGGUGUCGGUUCUGCUCUCGGCUGCACGGCGGCGCCGGAGCCGACGGCGAGCGGGCGGCGGAGCCCCGGCGGCGCGGCGAGGACUGUGCAGAAGGGAGAAGGACAGAAAUGCGCCCAGCAGCAUCCAGCAGCAUCUCCGCGGCGUCCGGCGGGCGGCGCCGAGCCGCCGGCGGCGGCGGCGGACAGAACCGCAGAACCGGCGGCGGGACCAGCAGAGAUCAGCCGGCAGACGCUGAUCGACGAAUUCAACGAGGCGUCCAGCGACGAUGAAGACAGACUCGUCAUCGCCACCUGAGCGCCGUGCAGCCUCUUCUUCUUCUUCUCUUUUUGUAACUCGUCACUUUGUAAGACUGAAAACACUCGAGGGUCCGACUCGUCGCCGGACCUCCUUCCAAAGCACAGAUGCUGAUGUUGUUUUUGUGCAAUCGUGUCCUCUGAUGACCAAUCCUCUUCCUUUUGUACAUGUUGUAAAGACGGUCGUGCCUUUUCGCAGUUUCACGUUCGGGGCGCUGUAAAUAAUUCGGUGGUUCUUUGUGUUUAUUUUAAGAAGACGUAAAGAAACGAGAAGGAGCAGAAUUUUCAGAUUUAUUUUGGAAAACGCGUCCCGUAAACGGACGGACUUGUUCGUGUUGUGCUGGUAUGAGUAGAUUUCUAUGGCUCACGGGGCAACGAUGUUUCUGUGUACAGAUGUUGUGUUCAGCUAUUUAUUAAAAAUCCAUUUAGUGCACAUUAUGAUUCAUAAGUCUACAGGUAUGUGCAUUAUGGUAGCUUUACAUUGCUGUAUGAAUAUUCUAAACUGUAUCAGUAAAUAUUUGUUUAUGAAGCUUUUGGACAUCUUGCUGCAUCUUUUGAAAACAGAACCUAUAAAUAAAAGUCAGACCCAGAGGGGAAUAACACGGA